CGAAGACUUCCGGUAGUUUUGAAGGAACUAGACCAUGUCUUGUUAUGGGGGUUUGACACGAGCUGACAGAAAUGCCUUAAUAUAGAGAAUGGACUUCAGUUAUCACCAUACGUAGUAGCUGAGAAUAAAGCAGCACACUAUGGAGCGGGGGAGUCACUUUGGAACCAGCCUGUCACACAGCUUCAGCAUGCCAAGUCUGGCCGAGGGCAGUGAGCCUAUCAGUGAAGCAGAGGAACUCCUGGAGGUGAAAACACUAAAGGAAAGAGGAGAUGAAGCCAUGCAUAUCCAUGACUAUGGGGAGGCCAUAAAACUUUACAAUGAGGCUUUGGAAAUAGAUGACAGAAACGUGGAGGUAUUGAUGGCUCGAACAGCUGCCUAUCUCGAGGAGGGAGACUUCAUCAGGGCUCUACGGGACACGGAACAGAUGAUCUUGAUUGAGGCAGACAACCCAGAGAUAUACAAAUUGCAAGGGAUAACUCUCUUCCACAUGCAACACAAUCGAGAGUCCAUUAAUGCCUUGCUGACAGCCCUUGAUCUUGACCCUGACAAUGCUGAGGACAUCACAGAUCACAUUGCUGCUGUGGUUGGCAACAUCUGUAAUCUGUCUAUAGACUUGGCAGAAUCAUUACUUGAUAUGGAUGCCUACAAGAAGCUGAGUGAGGUUGGUGUAUGUCUGUUCCAGGCUAAGAAGUUUGAUGUUUGUGUUAAAGUGCUUGAAUCUGCCCAGAAGUUCCAAACAAAUCAGAAGGGCAUUACCAUGCGUGUGUUACUGACCAUGGCGAAUGCUCACUCUGCUAUGAAGCAUAGUGAACAGGCAAUAAGUUUGUACCAGGAGUGCUUGUCCACGGCCAUCGCCACCCACGAACAGAUCUAUCAGACCAAAGCACUAGUAAACAUUGCCACCUUAUACUUGGAAAGUGGAGAUCUACAUCAGGCUAUAGUGUACUAUGAAAAGUUAUUGCAUCUCGAGUCAGAACUUAUUGAGGAGUUUGGGACGGAGGACCACAUCCCUGACUUUUGGACUCGGGAACUUCAGUGUGGUCUCCAUCUGAAUCUUAGCAUAGCCUACAAGUCUAUUGGUAACAUGCACUGUGCUGUAGUACAUGCUAGGCAAUACACAAGCCUACUUGACAAGUACAACAUGACUGGCAAGAUAAUUGGCGAGUCUUUUCACAAUGCAGGCAUGCUCAAUGAAAUUCUAGGAAAUUACAGGGAAGCUUUGAAAAAUUAUGAAAUGUAUCUAAAAAACUCUAAACAAGCUGGGGAUAAAAAAGGGAUGGCUCAGGCCUAUGGGUGCCUGGGCACUGUGUAUGCAGCACUGCGCAACUGGAAGCUGUCAAUUACUUAUCAUGAGCAAUACAUCUCAAUAGCCGACAAAUCAAAAGACACCAAAAUGAUGACAAUCUCCAGAGAAAUGUUGGCUGACACAUACAUGUUGAAGGGGGAUUGUGAGGCAGCUGUCCAGCACUAUGAGGCUAUGUCUAACACAUGCUUACGAACCGAUUAUCGUGGAAAAGCUACUGCUUUGUGUAAAAUGGGAAAUGCCUUCCGUGAACUCAAGAGGAACCAGUACAGCAUGCAUUACUAUGAACAGGCAUACAACCUGGCUCAGGACUACUUAUACUCUGACAUUCAGACACUCUGUGAGUUCAGUUUAGCCUGUAUCAAACAACAUUCCACACAAAUGAUGGACAUUGAGCUAGCUAGGAAGUAUUUUUCAAAACUGAUUCCAUUUUUGGAAAUGAAAAUACGUGAGCAUCAAGAUGAGGACACUCACUGUCCUGUGGAGUACCACCAGCAGCUGGUCCAGUGCUAUGACGGAAUGCAAUGUGUUCUCGCCAAGCUUGGCAGCAAACAGGAAUGUCUACAAUUUGCAGAGAUGUACAGACGACGUCACCUGACCCAGCAGGCUGGCUAUCUGGCCUCACUCUCUUUGGGGCUGACCAGUCAUGGGUCAGUGCUUGAGGUAUGGAAUCUUGACCGUAUGAAUCGAGUGGUGAGCCAACAGAGUGCUUAUGUGCUGUAUUACUCCCUCAUCAACAGUCACCUGUUACUGUGGGUGCUGGCUCCAGGUCAGGGCAUCGUCAGAUUCUAUUCUCGCAAGGCAGAGGACAACACAGACAUGGUGCAGCAGGUUAAAGACAUCCUAGAUGAACUGAGGACCUAUACAGACCGUAAGUCUAUACAAAACUCAUGUGAGAACAGAUGCUUGCCUCCAAAAGAUCUUGAAUUAGACUUAGUGCGAAAAAGAAACUUGAUGUUGGGGAAAUCUGUCAGUGAUUUAAAAAAGACCAGGUCCGAGGACGAAGCAUCCACAGACAAACCUCUAAAGACACCGGCUCGCAGACUGUUUGAUCUUCUGCUGGCCCCAGUGGAGGAUAUUCUGAUAAAGCUCGACCCCAAGAGUCAACUCAUCAUCAUUCCGGACAAACAACUCCACCACUGUCCUUUUGGUAUCCUACAGGAUUGGUACUCAAGGUAUUUAUAUGACAGAUUCCGUAUUACCUACCUCCCCAGCCUACUAGCUUUGGAGAAAGUUGUAAACAAUGAACUGAAUCACCUACGAGCCAAGGAUGACUUGGAGUUUGAGCGGACUCAAGCACGAAAGGGUGGCCUCACUAAGGUGUUGUCACUUAUGAUGCCAUCUGCUAGUACAACUCCAGGUGAAAGCUCCAGUGUGUCAUCGUCGGAGGACCUUUUUGACCUUAAAAAGGUUUCCAACCCUCGGCUAGUGACAUCCAGUAUGUCAAGGGUAAAGACUCCAGUCAGAAACAACACAAAGUUGUCAGAUGAAGUAAGCAAAAAUGUGACACGACAGUCCACACAGAUCUUACCUGGAAUCUCCGAGUUUUCUGGCACUGAGUCAGCCAGUCUCCAACACUUACCUGUGGGGACACUGAAACCUGUGGGCCAGGGAACAGCACCACCAGUGGUGGGCUAUCCUGUCCUCCCAGACAAAAUGCUCAACAUCCACAACUACUCCACUCUUACCACAAAGACAUCGACUGGUACUGACAUAACCACCUCAAGUCAAUGUGUCACACAGUUUGAGCAGGUAUCCAGUCAAGACCGGUGUAUGGUGAUUGGUAACCCCCAGCUCCCAGAAAAGUUAAUGCUACAUGGACGUGAGUGGCGGCCUUCCUUAUUGGACCUUGAUUGGGCAUGUCGUGAGUGUAAAACUGUUGCUUCCUACCUAGAUGUAGACGCUGUCAUGGGUCGUGAGGCGACUAAGGCACGGUUUCUGCAGAACGCAGCCAAGGCCACUGUCCUACACAUAGCUACAUACGGAUGUUACAAGGAGGGAUUGCUUGUGUUCAGCCCUAGCCCGGUCCAGCUAGAGGAAGGACCCCCUAAGGAGUCAUCCUACCUGGUCACUGUAGAGGACAUCCUUGACCUGAAGCUGUCUGCCCAGCUGGUUACACUAAAUGUAGGCUAUAGUCCCUACAGACUUCAAGAAACCAUCAACCCUGGAUAUGAGCUGGCAAGCGCAUUCCUGGCAGCUGGGGCGGAGUGUGUACUGCUGCAUACCUGGCCCUUACCUAACGAGGCAGUGAACAAGUUCUACUUCCACUUCUAUGCCAAGCUCCAGACAGGGGCUUAUUUAACUACAGCGAUCUCCACUGCUCUCACGGCAGUCAAGGAAGAUAACAGGUUCAGUGAGGUAUACUUCUGGAGUCCAUUUGUACUGGUCGGUAAGGAUGUGAUGGUCAACUUGAAGGAGAUCCGACAUUCCCAGCUGGACCAGACACUCGAUAGAACGGAGAAAGCUGUAGAGGAAGAGUCCGGAAAAGAAAUGCUAAACCCCAAGUCUUCUCUGCCUAAAGUUCCUGUGAGGGAGGAGCACCUGCUGACUCUGCAGUCCCUUUUGGGAACUGUGUUGUACCAUCACUCCAAACAGCCACAAGUAGUCCCAGAGCUCAUAGACCUGUUGGACAGUUCUCUGAAGAGGCUUCACACAGAGGAACUCAACCAACAGACCACAAACCUGUCGGAGCACCUGACAGCCAGUAUUGGUGGCCUUGACCUGCUAAAGUGUCUGGGGUUCCACUUCCAGGCCAAAGGCUCCACCCUGGCAGACCCAUAUGUGGUGUACCCUCACUGGAACAGGGAUGAACUACUUGUACCUACAUAUGAUGCUCUUAGGGCUGUUAGUGAGAUCACUAAGGAGACCACAUGUACGGAGAGGAUCUACAACAUGCUUCCUUUGUCACAGGACACCAUAUCUCUUAUCAUUGACCUGAUGAGCAUAACAAAGCAUGCUCCUGAGAUCCAGCUCAAGGUUAAUGACCUAUCUGUGCGACCUCUGUGGCAGAACCCGUCUGUGAAGAAAACUCUUAAUGCCAUAGGUUUCCACCAGAUUGGGCUUCUACUGAAUUUCAAUCGCACACCCUUGAACAAGACCCUGUUGACGGCCGCGCUACAGCUGUUCCUGGCCUUGAGUGCCUAUAAGAGUCAGGUGCUGUUGUACAGACUUGAUGUCAACCUCCUAGGAAAACCAGGCACCACCAAGGUCAUAAAGCCAACCAUGCUGCAGGAGAUUGGACGCCUGCCAUCCCUCACACCUCUACUGCUCCCAAGGAAUCAGUUGAGGAUGAGUACACCCUGGCUGAGUCGAGCGGAGAAGGCUGAUGAGAUGGAUGAGAAAAUCAAGCUAGCCCGGGGGAAGUCUGACCUAGAUGAGCGUUACACUGACUAUCAGGAGCGGGCCAGAACCUGGCAUCAAAUCACUGUAGUAGCACAGGCUAAUGAAUCUCUAUCUAAAUUUGGCCGUCCGCGCACCACACCGACCAAAGUGAAAGUGGUACCAGGGGCGAGUGCGUCCCGCGAGAGGAUACCCAUUGGACGUGAAUCUAUGAUGGGCAUCCCUGAGGUGGACCAGAGACGUGACUAUGCCCAGUAUGUCCUACAGCAGCGACUUAACAACAUAGACCUUAGACACCGCAACGACGUGAUGAAACUGUACCUUCCUUACAUACAGAGUACAUAGACAAGCACGGGCUGUCUACAACACAGCUACCCAGUAAUUACGUUAUACAGAGUACAUAGACUAACACAGGUUGUCCACAACACAACCACCAAGUAGUUACGUUAUACAGAGUACAUAGACUAACACAGGUUGUCCACAACACAACUACCUAGUAGUUACGUUAUACAGAGUACAUAGACUAACACAGGUUGUCUACAACACAACUACCUAGUAGUUACGUUAUACAGAGUACAUAGACUAACACAGGUUGUCCACAACACAACUACCUAGUAGUUACGUUAUACAGAGUACAUAGACUAACACAGGUUGUCUACAACACAACUACCUAGUAGUUACGUUAUACAGAGUACAUAGACUAACACAGGUUGUCCACAACACAACUACCUAGUAGUUACGUUAUACAGAGUACAUAGACUAACACAGGUUGUCCACAACACAACUACCUAGUAGUUACGUUAUACAGAGUACAUAGACUAACACAGGUUGUCCACAACACAACUACCUAGUAGUUACGUUAUACAGAGUACAUA